UGGAGAGGCAGAAGCAGGACUGCACCUGUCGGACUCACAAUAAAACAGCGCUUCUCAUACCGGACACCCGCGAUACCCCGAAAUGCGAGGCUCCAACUUCUCCCGCCAGCUCGUCCGGCUCAUCGCCGAUUCCGCAUCUGCUUCGUCCUCGAGGCUCCUCAACGGUGCGCCGACACGGGUCACUCAGCGGCUCAGCUCACCCCUGAGCAUAGCACCACGCAAGGAAAGCCCCUCUCACCCGUGCGUACACUGCUUUCAGCAGCGGCGAUCACUGUAUUUCACCUCGAGUGCUCGAGCUGCAGCUCCUUCUGCAGAAGGCGAAACCCCCGAUAUAUCCCAAGCGGCCCACAUUCCUGCCUAUCCAUUUGCAACCCGCGUCAUUACCCGUGCGACGCCCCAAGUAGGGGAGGCCUCUCGACCUCAUGUUCUUAAGCGGCACUCUGCACGGCGCUCUAUCCUGCCGCUCGUCCAGAACGACCUCAAAGGACAGUAUGAUCCGACGUCGCGCAUGACUGCAUUCUUUGCACGCAACUCUACCGAGCGGAUACCGCCUGGCUCCGUCAUCACGGUCGAGACCUGGACAUCGGCUACGACCAAGAACUCCUUUUCCUCCUUCUCGGGCGUUCUGCUCGCUAUCAAGCGCCGCGGCACGGCCACGUCUUUUCUCGUACGCAACAUUGUCAACAAGCUCGGGGUUGAGGUGCGAUUCAGCUUGUACAGCCCGCUGCUCAAGGACAUCAAAGUCGUCCAGCGGGCCAAUGGGAAGAAACGCAACGAGCCGGGCAAACUUCGGCGCGCUCGUCGCGCUAAGCUCUACUAUCUGCGUGGCGAUGAACGCAAGCUCACGAAUAUCACGAGUGUCAUCAAGCGCCAGAAGGCAGAGGUUGCAGAUGCCACAAGAGGCGUCAUUCGCAAACGUUGAGGGAAGGACUGAGGGAAACUUUGUAUGAAAGCUGGCUUGCCUUGGUCGACCCUGGCAUGUCGGAAGAAUCAAUAUUGCCGCUUCGUUGCCAU